AUGGAGCUUCUGCCCGAUGCCCAGCGGGGCAAAACCCGCGCGGCGGCCGUGAGCCCGUUGGUGCUGCGCGAAAUCGUCGCCGUGCGACGCGCGCAUCCCGAGCUCGCGAACGAGCACAUCGCGACGGCCGUCAACGCGCAGUACGGCACGCGCCUCGGCAGCAGCGACAUCGAUCGACUCUAUCGAAAGGCCACCGUCGAAAGCAGCGUAGGGAAGAAUAAGUUCGUUCGUUAUAAGAACGCGGAGCUUGAGGCGGAGUUGGCGCGUUGGACGCGCGAGAGGCGGCUCCGUCUCGAAGCGUGGUGGGCGGCGCGGGGGAAGACAAAGGUCCAGAGGUCGAGCAUCGUGCAUAACCUGCAGAAACACGCGCGGCGCGUCGCAGAGCGGUUCGGCGUGCCUCCUCUGUUCGAGUUCGAGCGCUGGUGGUGCUGCGAAGUGCUGCGCGACGCGGGUCUCGACGAGUGCGGCGAGGAGGUGGGGACGCGCUCGGGGGACGAAGGGGGAACGCGGGGGAGGGACGAGGCGGAAACGCGCGACACGCAGGGGGAGAAACAGGACGACCGUGUCGCACGCGGUAACGGAGAGGCGCCGGACUCCGCUAGUGCUGGCGAAGGCGGCUUAGGCGGCGCUGCGGCAGGCGAGCUGAGUGCGGGCACAAGCGGCGGGGGCGAUGAGGGCGGAGAGGCCGACGAGGAGCAGGUACCUGCGGGCGCACCGUCGUGGGCGCGGGGCAGCGCCGCCGCGGCCGUGCCCUCCAGCAGCACGCCCAACGGCGGGUCGGCCGCGGCGCCGGGCGCGGCCAACGCGGCUGCGAGCGCGCUGGCGGCGCGCGUGCGGUACGAGGUGGCGAUGCUGGCGUGCGUGCGGCCGUUCCUGAGCCCGCGGAUCGUGACGGCCGCCGUGCACGCGCGCUACGGGCUGUGGCUCAUCCCCAAGUACGUCCGCCACAUCGUCCAGGAGAGCCGCCGCUGGGUGCGCGCGGACGCGGGGGAGGGGAGCGCGCCCGGCGCGGCGGACGCGGGGGAGAGCGCGCUGGAGGAGGCAGUGGCGCUGUGGGUGGUGGCGGAGGAGGAGGGCGCGGGGCGCGCUGUGAGCCGCGCGCAGCUGGUGGGGAAGGCGAGGGAGCUGGCACGGGGGUGCGGCGUGGAGGAGGGGCGGUGCACUGAGGCAUGGGCGAGCAGGUUCGUGCGGCGGUACGGGCUGCUGCUGCUUCGCCUGGCUGAGGCACGCCGGUGCGCCGGGGAGGGGGGCGAUGGGGAGAGGACAGGAGUGGAGAAGGGGAAGGGCGGAGGGGCGGAAGGAAGAAGUGGGAGUGAAGUGGAGUGGUGGCGGAGAGGCAGGAGGAGGCUGAGGACGAAAGUGAGGCGCAUGGGAACAGCGAGUGAUGAUGAGGAUGCGGAGGGGGAGAACUUUGAGGAGGAGUAUGAGGAGGACUGGGCGGGGUUUGAUGGUUGUGAUGCUGCUGCUACUGCUGGUGCAGCUGGGGCUGCUGGUGGUGCUACUGCUGCUGGUGGGGCGAGCGCGAGCAGGAGCACGGGGUGGGAGAGGGACAGGCGGAUGGGGCUGCUGGCGGGGGUGGAGAACCCGUACCGCCAUGCACGCGCUCUGCUCAUGCGCCUGGCUCGCCAGGAGGGCGCCAUGCUGCCCUCCCACGUGCUGGAGGAGGCCCUUCUGGACGCCCACCUGCUGCCGCCACUGCCAGCAUCAGAAUCACCAGUACCAGCGCCACGAGAGGACCACGUGCAGCGUGGCGAGUCAUCAGCGCCAGCAGCGCCAUCCGCGCCAGCAGCGCCAGCAGAGGGACGUGAGGAGCCUGUGGGCCGUGCUGUGUCGCAGGGAGAGGCGUUGGAGAGGCAAGGGGAGGCAGACCUGGGGCGAGCAGGGGAUGGUGGCGGUGGGAGAGGGGAGGGAACAGGGGAUGGUGGCGGUGGGAGAGGGGAGGGAACAGGGGAUGGUGGCGGUGGGAGAGAAGAGGGUGCAGUGGGUGGCACCGAGCAGUCCCCAUCUCCUUGGCACGAUGAUGCAUGGCGCUCCGUGCCCCCCCUGCCCACCAUGGACAGCCCCGAGCUGCAGGCGCUGCAGAGGGAGGUGAGCAGCGAGAGCGUUGUGCUGCCCCACUUCCACUUCCACCGCCUGCCACCCGCCUUCCGGGGCAGCACUGGUGGGGGAGAGGGGGCAGGUGGAAGGGGGGGGGGGCGAAGAGGAGGCGAGAGUGGAAGCGGGAGGGCUGAGGAGGAGGCGGGGGUGGAGCAGGAGGAGGGAGAGGGGGAGGGCGGGCGGGUGUACCUGGUGUGUGGGGAUGCGGCGGCAGGCGUGGUGGUGGAGCGGCAGCUGCCAGGCCUCACGCUGAGUCGCAUCAGAGCCAUCUGCCUGGCCGCCCUCGCCCGCCCCCACCUGCCCCACGCCCAGCUGCUGCACGCCAUCGCCCACGCCUGGGGGCUGGUGCUCUCCCCCCUUCACCUGCGCGCCAUCCUCGCCCAGACCUCCAGGUGGAUGGUGCUGCCGGGGGGCGUAGAGAGGGCGGGGGUGGAGGGGCGGGUGAGGGAGCGCGUGCAGAGGGAGGAGGGGCAGAGGGCGGGGAGAGUGGAGGUGGUGCUGCUGCAGUGGGUGCAGCAGUUGUCCGCCACCAUCCUCCUCGACCGCGCCCGCUUCUCCUUCCCGCCUGGCUUCCGCUGGGGCUCGCCUGCUGCUGAACCCAGCAGUGCUGCUGCUGGUUCUGCUGCUGCCGCCGGUGCUGCAACUCCCAGUGGUGCUCAGAGUGGAGACGGUGAGGAUGGUGGCACUGCUGCUGCUGCAGGUGGGAUCAUGGAGGAGCAUAUGAGGCGCCUCUUUGGCCCACUGGACCCGGGAAGGGGGUCAUCCACCACCGUUCAACCUCAUCUUGGUGGGACCGUGAGCGCGCAGGUGGGUGGGAGCCUGCUGGGGAAGCACGGGGUGCCGUUCAUUCUCACGCGCCCCAUGCUGCGCCAGGCAGCCCGCCGCAUCGCCCCGCUGCUGUACCGCAGCGGCAGGGGCUACCCCAAGCUCGAGAUCUACUGGUGCCGCCGCUUCCUGCGCCGCCUCGAGGCCCUGCGGUCGCUGGCACGCCUGAAGCUCACUUCUGCCCGCCAGGGGGACCCGGCGCCCGUUGUGAUCCGGUGGCCCACACAGGGGUCGAGUGAGGGGCCGAGUGAGGGGCAUAGGGAGGACGAGGGCGCGGAGGAGGGGAUGAAUGAAACUCGUGGAGCAGAUGAAACUCGUGGAGCAGAUGAAACGCGUGGAGCAGAUGAAACUCGUGGAGCAGAUGAAACACGUGGAACAGAUGAAACACGUGGAGCAGAUGGCACACGUGGAGCAGAUGAAACACGUGGAGCAGAUGAAACACGUAGAGCAGAUGGUUCAAAGGUGGGAGAUAGAGGGGAAGCUAGACUGGAAGCGAGGGGAGAAGUGAGAGAGGAGGGAACUGGUGGAGGAAAGCGAGAUGAGGGAAGACAUGAGCGAGAUGAGGGAAGACAUGAGCGAGAUGAGGGAAGACAUGAGCGAGAUGAGGGAAGACAUGAGCGAGAUGAGGGAAGACAUGAGCGAGAUGGUGAAGCGGGAGGGCGGGUGAGAGAGGAUGAAAUGGCGGACGAGUUGCAGGCGGCAGGGGAGGUGGCACCGGCACCGGUGGCUGUGGGUGCAGCGGCAGGUGAGCCAGCAGCACCAGUGGUGGUGGCGGCAGUGCAGCGGGCGCUGUGUGAGUGGGUGGCGGAGGGGGUGGUGGGGCGGCGAGCGGACGAGGAGGAGGCGCGGGAGCAGGCAGUGGUGGUGGGCGCGGUGCAGGCCACGUGGGGCGUGGCGGUGAGCGAGGAGCUGCUGGCUCUGCUGUGGCAGCAGCGCUCCCAGCUGCUGGGCCACGCGUGGGAGGGGCGCAUCAGAGCACGAUUGGCAGGUGGCGUGCAGCAGAGGGAGGGUGGCGAUGGGGAGAAGGAGGUGAAGGCUGGGGAUGAUGGUGAGGGGCAGGUGGGGCAGGUGAAGGGGCAGGUGGGGCAGGAGAAGGGAAAGGUGGGGCAGGAGAAGGGAAGGGUGGGGCAGGAGAAGGGGCAGGUGGGGCAGGAGAAGGGGCAGGUGGGGCAGGAGAAGGUUCAGGUGGGGCAGGAGAAGGGGCAGGUGGGGCAGGAGAAGGGAAAGGUGGGGCAGGAGAAGGGCGUUUAUGGGGACCCCAGCGCGGUGCUGCUGCAGUGGGUGGCGUGGCAGGACGUGCGUGCAUUGCUGCUGGCACUGGACGGGCCGCAGUGGCAUGGCAGGCUGCUGGCACGCGUGGCAUGCAAGGUGUAUCGGGGGGUUGUAUGCAGGGCCGGGCAGGACCACUGCACCGUGCAUGCGGUGCAGCAAGGUGCACGCAGGGACGGGCAGGGCGAGCGCACGGUGCAUGCAGUGGCGCAAGGUGUGUGUGGUGGAGGUGGAGGGAACGGGAAGAGGAGGCGUGAAGGGGAGGGAACGUGGGUGCGAUGCGUGCGACAAGGGUACUGGUACUUUGAUCGCAGUGGGAUUGCUGAUGCUCAUGUUGGUGAUGGUGGUGAUGGUGGGAAUAAUGAUGAUAGUGAUGAUGAUGAUGGUGGUGCUGGCGAUGGUGGUGGUGGUGGCAUGGGAUCAUGGCCACUCAGCGAGCACCAAGUGGGACGUCGAAGCCACCCGGCAGGGCGGCAGUACAGCGCAGCACCUGCCUGCCAGCCACGGCCGAUUGCUCCCCGCCCCACCCCGCCCACGGCAGAGGCAGCGCUGGCAGGUGCAGGAGCAGCAGCGACGGUGGGGGUGGGGGCAGUGCAGCAUGGGCAGAGCACAGCAAUGGGUGCAUGGGGUGGCGCACAGGCAGCAGCAGCAGCAGGCAGAUGGCAGCAGGUGCACUCCACACAGACUGCAGCAGCAAUGCCCACACGCUCACACGCUCACACCACGCCAUCAGCUGCUGGCCCCGUGCCUGCUUCUCUGCCCCUGCGCUCCUCUAAUCUGCAGGCAUUGCAGCAGAGCCAGCAUCUCGGGCAGCUACUUGCAGCACAGGGGGGCUCUCAGCCCAUUCCCGCACAGCCCUGCCACCCGGGUUCCUAUCCACCCGCGUCGUACAAACCCACCUCAUAUGGGCCCACCUCUUAUCGGCACACUUCUAAUCAACCUACUUCUUAUCAGCACACCUCUCAUCAACCCACUCCUUAUCAGCCCACUUCUUAUCAACCCACCUCUUAUCAGCCCACUGCUUAUCAACCCACCUGUUAUCAGCCCAACUCUUAUCAGCCCACCUCCUAUCAACCCACCUCUUAUCAACCCACCUCUUAUCAACCCAGCCCUUAUCAGCCCAGCUCCCGUCCGCUUGGCACACCCCAACCGAGUCGUCUCCACCAACCCUAUGCUUCCCAGCAGCACCCUCCCCUCUCUCACGUUCCCUCCUCUCACCCUCCCCCCUCUCACCCUCCCCUAUCUGCAUGCGUUGAGGGUCAGGGAACGGGAAGGAGGGAGGGGAGGAAAAGGAAGUUGCAACAAUUGAAUCGGGCAGGUAGAAAGGUUCCGAAGGAUGGGCGGGCAGGGAAACGGGCAGCAAAAGGAUCAGCUUUUCAGAAUGCAUGGAAGAUGCUGAUGGUGCGAGGGGGUGAGGAGGGCGAGGAGGGAGAGGAGGGUGAGGAGGGAGAGGAGGGAGAGGAGGAGAGGCAGCGAGACAGGGGGAAAUCGAAGCGCAAUGGGGAGCAGAGGAGGGUUACAUGGGGGGAUGUGCGCAAGGGAGUGAAUGGCAGGCGGGAUAGAAAGGCAGGGGUUGAUGGUAGAAGCAGUGGUGGCGAUAGCAGUAGUGACAGUGAGAGCAGUGCGAGUGGGAGUGAGAGUGGGAGUGAGAGUGGGAGCGAGAGUGACGGGUCUGAGGAGGGCAGCAGAGAUGAGAGCACACAGGGAGGGGAGAGCAGCCGAGUUCACCCAGGUAUCACAGCAGGCAGGGGGCAGCAGGCAGGAAGAGGGGUUGUGGGCGCAAGCAGCAGGCGGGGGAGGUUGCAUCCAGGGCUGGAGUUCUUCGUGCAGGCAGAGGCAGCAGGAGCCAUGCAGGCCACGCCUGGGGAAGGUACAUCUGUGCCACUCUCUCUCUCCCAGAAUCUGGCUGAAGCAGUGGUGGAGACGGCACUUGUGGCGGCAGCAGUGGCCACUCCUGCUGCCACUGCUCCUGCUGCCACUGCUCCUGCUGCCACUGCUCAUACUGCCACUGCUGCUGCUGCUUCUGGCACUGCUGCUGCUGCUGCUUCUGGCACUGCUGCUGCUGUCACUGCUGCUGCUACUGCUGGUGGCACUGCUGCUGCUGCUGCUGCUGCUGCUGCUGCUGCUGCUGGUGGCACUGCUGCUGCUGCUGCUGCUGCUGGCACUGCUGCUGCUGCUGCUGCUGCUGCUGCUGCUGCUGCUGCUGCUGCUGCUGCUGCUGCUGCUGCUGCUGCUGGUGGCGGCAUGGAGACGAUUGUGACACCAGGAGUGGUGAGAGCCAUGGGGGGCAUGGGGCCCCCAAGCAGGCAGCAUGGCUCUCAUCAUCCACCCGGGAUGGCUGCCACUGCUUCCGAUGCUGCCAUGGCUUUGGUGCUUCAACGACUGCAUGCUGGCCAGCGCCUCCUUGCCCCCCACCCAUCCAACUAG